AUGUCAAAAAACUAUUUCCAGUGCAAGGCAUGGGUGUCCGUGUCCCAGAAGUAUGCAGUUAAAGAACUCUUGUGCAGCAUUGUGAAGCAAGUGUUCGACUUCAACGAUGAGCAAGUAAAAGGUAUGGAAGAACUAGAGAUGAAGGAAAAGUUGUCGGAGCAUUUGAGCAACAGAAGGUAUCUAGUCGUGAUGGAUGAUAUUUGGGAGGUGGCAGCUUGGAACGCCAUUAAAGCAGCUUUCCCAAAAGAAUCGACAGGAUCCAGAGUGUUGCUGACCACGCGCAAGAUGAAUGUUGCAAACGUUGCAGAUGUUCCUCCACACGAGCUGAAAUUUUGGAAUGUCGAAGAGAGCUGGAAUUUGUUCUGCAGGAAAGCUUUCCGCACAGCAUGCUGCCCACCAGAGUUUGAGCGAUUCAAGGAAGAUAUCUUCAAAAAAACUAAAGGGCUGCCUCUUGCCAUUGUGGUACUCGGAGGAGUUUUGAGAGGUACAAGUCAAGCUAGUAACUGGAGGAAAAAGAUGGAACAUAUUUCUCGUGAAUUCAGAGAAGGAGAAGACCAAAUCCUAAGAAUAUUAGCUCUCAGUUACCAUGAUCUUCCGAAUCAUUUGAAGCCUUGCUUCCUCUAUUUUGCAGCCUUUCCUGAGGACUAUAGCAUUUGGGCAGAGAGGAUAAUACAUUUAUGGAUCGCUGAGGGUUUCAUACAAACGAAUGACAAAGUGGAUCAAACAAUGGAGGACCUCGCGGAGGCAUAUUUGAAGGAUUUGACCGACAGGUCCAUGCUACAAAUAGAAAGGGGUCGGAUGUAUUAUAGCCACCAAGUUCGCAUUCAUGAUCUUCUUCUUGAUCUAGCACGUCAUGAAGCUCGUGAGCUUAACUUCUUCAGGACCAUUGAUGACAUAGGUGACGAUCCAAGAUCUUUACGGCGUCUCAGUGUCACUGAAAAUGUCAACGACCAUAUCUUAUUGAACUGUUCUACCACUAAACUACGGUCACUUGUAACUUGUCGGAAUGAAGGUUUUAAGAGAAUGCUGGCAGUUGCCAUCCCUGGAGCGAAGUUCCUCAGGGUCUUGGAUUUGCAGGAACUACCCAUUGAACACUUACCAAAGGAGAUUGGGGACUUGAUCCUGUUAAGGUAUCUAAAUUUGGAACGAUCAAAAUUGAAGGAGCUGCCUUCAUCUAUUGGAAACCUCAUCCAUUUGCAGACUUUCAAUAUAUUCGGUACUAAGAUUCAACAUUUGCCGGAUGCAUUUUGGAAAAUCCGAACACUGAGACAUGUAUUCCUCACUGAAGAGAAUACGAGCAUGCCUAAAGCGGCAUACUACUGCUCGGAAGACAUUCGGACACUUGAGAAUAUUUCAAUUGGUCCAUGGGUAUGUGAUGGUGUACUGGAGAAGCUGAGAAAUCUUCGAGCAUUGUAUUUGAAAAGCAUUUCAAGCUCUGACGAGGAUGCUUUAGCCAAUGCAGUCCAGAAUCUUUUCAGACUCGAGAAAUUGGGAUUGGUUGGAGAAUCGUUGCCGAUGAGCGUCCUAACUUCAUCUUCCUACCAUCAUAUUCAAUUUCUGUAUUUGUGGGGACCAUUGGUAAGGCCUGCAAGGAUUCACAUAGAGGCAGAAAAUUCCAUGAUAUUUUCCAACCUGAUCUCUCUCUUUAUUAGUGAAACAAGGUUGGAAAAGGAUGAAGAUAUUGCAAUGCUCGCAUCUCUCGCAAACCUUGAGAUUCUUCGAUUGCGUUUUGGUGCAUUUGUAGGAAGAGUUUUGGUGUUUCCAAAGGGAGGAUUUCCUAGUCUCCAAGAGAUCGAACUGUUUGAUUUGAGCACCUUGGAGCAGUGGGAAGUGGGAGAGGGAGCAAUGUCUUUCCUUCGGGAACUAAGACUGUUGAAC